AUGUCUCGUCGCCACAAAGCGUCGUCUGCCACCAUUCCUACACUAUCCCUAGUUGUUCUGCAUGAAGCGAAGCGGCAGGAGCAGUCAUUGACGCCGAAUGCUGGACAUCGACCAAAGCGAGGCGGGAAGAGCAUGGCUGGCUCGUCGCGAAGCGCGUGCAUCUUUGCUUCUGGCCUGUUGAACGAGCAGGACAGGCCCCAGCUGCGACGGAACACCAUGGGGCCGAGACGGGUAAAGGACGCGAGAAUGGAGGGCGCUCAGUCUAAAAGCUCAGAUACUGACUUGCGCCUAGUCUACGAGCAAACACUGCUCCAAGGCGCUCGAACACAAAGGCAUACCUUUACAAUGCAGAGCAGGAGAAACAGCCCUCACGGACCCUCGCAUGCUGAGGUGAUUCGAGUGCAUGUGCAGACCAUACCUGCCGGGUUGCGCCCCAGGAGCCGUGACUCCCUACUGCCGAAGGCGCUACUGUUCGCAGACUUUCGUAUGCCCGUCCGCUCCUGGGAAUCCGCUCGUUUCGCCAAAUCGACAGGCUGCUACUGCUUGAAUGACGCUCGCGACAUGCCUAUCCUUGGACAUGGGAAGAGUUCCUCUGGUUCGUGGCCAUGUGUGCUUCUCGGACUCUAUCAUCGGCGACCAACCGAUGAUGCAAGUGCGCACUGGGGGAGAAGGCAGUCGCUCGACCGACCUUCAACUACACCUAUCCCGACCUCACGAAAGCCCUCCGAGGAGCAUAUACGGGCUUCCGAUGCGACGCGAUACAAACACAAGAAUGGGCUAGGCGAUGCACGAGAUCUAGACAACGAGACCUAG